GGGAGCGCGCGGCCGACACAGAGACAGCACUAGAGAGAGGGUGGUAGAGACAGCUCGGGAGAGCGCUACAGUCAGAGCGGCAGAGACAGCUAGGGAGUGGCAGCCAGGGGAGGGGGAAAAAAAAGGAGCGAAGAAGGCAGCUCGUAAAAGGGACAAGGGUAAUAGAGGGAGAGGCUACCAGGUAAUGAGAGAGACAGCCAAAGCAGGGAAGAGACAGGCUGGGAGAGAGGUCAGUCUAGGGAGAACCAGUGUGACAAGUGACAUUAAUCACUGGACAGGAGGUAAAGACACAGGUGGGGAGAAGUAGCUGUCAUAGAGACAGGCUAUGACAUAAAGAGAGAGCCAGCGAGCCACAAAGAGACUGUCACUGGACAACUAUUGAUUACCUUAAGGCACUGGCAUGCUUGGUAAGAGACAGUCAGACACUGAGUGAGAGAGACAGUCUGUGUGAACCAAGAGAGAGCAGUGAAGAAGAAAGGUAGGAGCUCACACUGAGAGCUUUUCUAAGACAGCUUGGUAAAGGCCUGGGCUGUGAGACAGCUUCAUAUCUGUUACAUUGUAAUCCAGGGUUUUGGGGUAUCCAAAGAAGCAGGAAAUGAAGAGCAAGUGACAGAAGAGUGACUGCACGUUUUCCAUCUACCCAGCCACCUAACCAGACUUCAUCAGGCAGAAGGCACCAUGUCAGCCCCCCGGGUCCAGAACAAGCUGUCCAGCACAGAGCGCGCCGUCAGAGCUGUACCUUUCCCACCUACCCGUCGCCUGUCCAUGAAUGAAGUGUUUGUAGAUGGACGCCCUCAGUUAGAGACUUUGAAAAAUCACCUAGCCAAAGAGGGACGGUUAGAGGAGGAAGUUGCCCUGCGCAUUAUUCGAGACGGAGCUGCAAUCCUGCGACAUGAGAAGACCAUGCUUGAGGUGGAGGCCCCCAUCACAGUUUGUGGUGAUAUUCAUGGGCAAUUUUUUGAUCUUAUGAAGCUUUUUGAAGUUGGGGGUUCUCCCCAUACCACACGUUACCUCUUCUUGGGGGACUAUGUGGAUCGAGGCUACUUCAGUAUAGAGUGUGUUCUAUACCUCUGGAGCCUGAAAAUUAUUCACCCCAAAACCCUGUUUCUUCUGCGAGGGAACCAUGAGUGCCGACACUUAACAGAGUACUUCACCUUCAAGCAAGAAUGUAAGAUUAAGUAUUCAGAGCGAGUGUAUGACUCGUGCAUGGAUGCCUUUGACUGUCUUCCACUGGCAGCUCUUCUCAACCAGCAGUUUCUAUGUGUACAUGGUGGACUGUCGCCUGAAAUCACUUGCCUGGAUGACAUCAGGAAGUUAGACAGAUUUAAGGAACCCCCCGCCUUUGGCCCCAUGUGUGACUUGCUGUGGUCCGAUCCAGCUGAAGAUUAUGGAAAUGAGAAAACGCUAGAGCACUUUACUCACAACACAGUGCGCGGUUGCUCGUAUUUCUAUAGCUAUCCUGCUGUCUGUGAAUUUCUCCAGAGCAACAAUCUCCUGUCGGUUAUUCGAGCUCAUGAAGCGCAGGAUGCUGGGUACCGCAUGUACCGUAAGAGUCAGACCACUGGCUUCCCCUCUCUCAUCACCAUCUUCUCUGCACCAAAUUAUCUUGAUGUGUACAACAAUAAAGCUGCAGUGUUGAAAUACGAAAAUAAUGUAAUGAAUAUUCGUCAGUUUAACUGCUCUCCGCACCCUUAUUGGUUGCCAAACUUCAUGGAUGUAUUCACCUGGUCCUUGCCCUUUGUAGGGGAGAAAGUUACCGAGAUGCUGGUGAACAUUCUAAGCAUCUGCUCAGAUGACGAGCUUAUCUCUGAUGGGGAAGACCCCUUGGAAAGUGGUGCUUCUGUGCGUAAGGAGAUUAUUAGAAACAAGAUCAGAGCAAUUGGGAAGAUGGCACGUGUUUUCUCUGUACUCAGGGAAGAGAGUGAGAGUGUACUAACACUGAAAGGACUGACACCCACAGGAACACUGCCCCAAGGCGUGCUGUCAGGAGGGAGACAGACUCUACAAAGCGCCACAGAAGAAGCGGUCGAGGCUCAGGAGGUGCGAGGAUUCUCUCCCCAGCACAAGAUUCGCAGCUUUGAAGAAGCCCGAGGUUUAGAUCGCAUCAAUGAACGCAUGCCCCCAAGACGUCCCUCAUCUCCCCAGGACUCCAACAUCAUCUCCACCGACAAGAACAGCACCAACAAAAACCCACAGUGACAGGCCUGUCAGUGGCUGCUGUAGCAUUUGGCACAACUCUCUCCCACCACCUCCAUGAAAACUGCGUGUCUGAGGGCAGGACUCUCAAAACCAGACCGACCGACACAGAGUGCAGAUGCGCGCGCACACACACACACACACACACACACACAAAGAAAGUACAGAGGUAUACUUGAUAUGCAUAUGCAGGAAGAUGUGCAUAAAUGCAAGAUAGGAACAUACAAAGUGAGCAGCUGUAUAGUGAGGCAAAUAGAAGUGCCCGGUUAUGAAGGAAUGAGACAUGCAUAUAAUGUAUAUACAGACACAGGCACAAAGGGUUUAAUGUGGAGGACUCAGACAUGGGUUAUGGAAAUUGAAAUAUAGAGAUUGGUACCAUUCGCAUCAUGAGAAUAAUUAACAAUCAUUUGGUGGAAAUCAAGGGCACUGACUGGGACACACAAGUAAAGAUUGGUUCAGGCACCAGUGUGUAUAUACACAAACACUGCGAACCACAGGUAAAUAUACAUUGUGAGCACACAUACAUUGAGACAAACACUCAUCACACACACUCACAACCGAUAACACAAUACACAGGGCUGGCCUGUCCUGCAGUUUGUAUUCUCUUUGUAAAUGUUAUUUGCGUUCUAUAUAUAUAUAUAUUUAUACAUGUGUAAUAUAAAGACCCUGUUUUUUAAUGUAGGGUUUGUCUAGCGGCAGCUGCUGCAGUAUUGUACCAUAAUCUGGGGCCAACUCCCAGCCCUCGCACCCUUGUUCCCUCUACAGGUGCACAUGUCAGCACAAAAAAAAAAAACAGUUAAAUGACAUGCAGUUUAAACAGGUCAAAGAAGUUCCUUAAAGAAUCCAUUGCAGGCCUGAUAUUUACAUAGUACAAGGUAGCCUUCAUAGCACAGAGGUAUAGAUAUCUUUGUGAGUAUGUGUGUUCCUGAACAUAUACGGAGUGCUGCAGAACAUUGUGCUGCAUAUAUACCCACAUACAACUAGCUUUGUCCAUGUCCAAGGAAUGUGCACUGUAUUGCUGUACAGUACAUUGUCACAACCCAGUGGCACACAAUGAAAUUCACUUAACUUCAGUAAUACAGACUUCCCCAUAUGUAAUUAUAACAAUUCUAAACCAUACUCCUUGCACACAUUAAGCUGCACGCACAUAAUCCUCUGUACAUGAGGUUGGUUUGCGGAGCUUAGAUCUGCACAUCGAAUUCUUUGUACAGGUCAUGCUCUACAUAACACCAAGCAGUCAAGCAAACAUGAUUCACUUUAAAUGGUUUGACCUGGGCCAGAUAGAUGCCUGAAUGCGUGGUCUUUGCAAGAGAGGCCUGCAUCCAUAUGGCACUUUUGCUUUCACCCCCAUUAUUUAAUAUAAUGGGGAUAGGUCCCUUUUAAAACCUGAUCUUGUAUACAAGUGGAAGUGGUGGGAGUUGCAAUAUGGUCCAUCUACCUACUCCCAGAUCAUAACCACACAAAUCCCUUGACGGACCACUCUUGUUUUAAGAGGGUUACAUUUUAGGGCUAUGAAUACAUAAAACCUUUGUACAACAAGGGCUUGAGGUAACACAAAGUUGUAACUUCAUUAUGGCACAGAUACUGGGUUACCGACAGGUAUUAUCCACACCUAAAAGGGUGAGGGACUAGUUCUGCCAUGGCAAUAAGGCACUCAGGAGCUGGGUUACCCUCUGACAAUCUCAUUUUUUUCACCAUCUUUGCAGGGUCACCAAAGGCAUCAAAGGAGACAUGUUAAUCAGAGUAAAGAAGGGUUGGAGUGCCUACUCUGAUGGAAACAAAUUUUCUUUUUGUCUUUCUGUUGAGAAAUAGCACAAAAAUUUACAUUUUCUUUGCUGUCCUUACCCUUGUUUAAGUUUUAUUUUGAACAUUAAUUUAUAUCUUUAAUGUUAUAAUCUGGGGGAGGUGGAAGAUGAGCCCUUUUCUCUCCUCCCCGUCAUCAUCUUCUACUUUCCAUGAAAUUUAUUAUUUGCCGAGUUGUCUUGUAUUAAAAAAAACAAAAAAAAAAAACUAAAACGUUUUUUAAAAAAAAAUGUAAAAAAAAAAAGUAUGCUGAUUUUUUUUUUUUCCCCCCCCAAAGAAUUAUGGGAGAAAACAAAUGUUCCGAUUAAACGGCAAACUAGUUAACAUA